GGUACAAGAAUUGGUAGACCAUGUUUAUUGUUCAAGCUACCCCAACAGGUCUACAGUGCUUUGGCCUCCCUAGAGUACUGGCUUAUGGAACCCCUGGCCUAUAUCCAAUGGUAUACUCCACUUAAACCUGCACUGGAGAAAGGCCACCUUAUGUAUUAG